AAUAGCGUUGUACGCGCAGCUUCCGCGUCGGGAGUAUCAAGUACAACUCGCCCGCCUGUUGCGCCUCUCAAAGGAUGCAGUACGUCUAGAGGAGCUGGUGGAGGUGGGAACAACAGUAAAGCAAUUUUUCUUUACUCAGGAGGAGGCGCGAAUAAGAUUCGACCCCUGAGCCAAACAAUGCCCGCUGGACGACCGAACGCCAGUGUCACUCCGAGCGUUUCUUUGUCUCCCUCCACAUCAAUGAACAAGGAGAACCGCUGCGAUGUUACAUCUUCUUCGAUUAAUAAUGUUAAUGGCCACGUAGUUAAAAAUGGUUGUGGUUCAUCUGGAGCCACCUCCUGUUCCACAGCAGGAAGCAAAUUGCUGAACUCUUUCCACCUACAGCGGACCACAGCAGCGAACCUGGUGUCACCAGUUCCAGGUCCACGGCGAGCUGCGGUACGCACAGGUGUGGACAUCUCCUGCAGCCAGAGCGUGGCUUCGAGUGCGACGGGCAAUGCGCGUUGCGUAUCUCCAUCACUCCGACUUUUCAGUCCGCAACUGGGAGCGCGGGCACCGCUUCUGCCGUCUGAAAACAGUAGUGCAGCCAGGGCAACGUCGCCAGUUUUUACCUUCAGCACGACUGGGCGUCAUGCAGUUUCGCCUCUCGGGCAGCGCGGGGUUGUCGCUGGUGCGUCAUCUCCACUCGGAGUUGCGUGCAACCAUUACGAAUAGCCUUUUCUUGACAUCUUGAGUGAUCGUAGUGAAUUAACCCAGCUGGGAAGAGCGAGCCUUGUUGUAGUCCAAAAGGAGUCAGGAAGGAGGACACCGAAGGCAUUUCUGGAGGCUACUCGAAUCGGUAAUAUAUAUUUAACGUAGGACUAUUUAUCUUUGCGAUAUAAUACCUAUUGCACCUCUAAAACCCAAAGAUAGAUGAAAAGACGAUCGGCACGGUGAACACUGUGAUUCAGCUCACCUCGCCAAGUCUGGGUGGCCACAGGUCAGCUGGUGACAGCGCCAGCUGCAAUGCCACGAUGAGAUCCUCAGCGUGCCCCCCGCUCCGCCUGGCGAACUCACCGCCGUUCCUUCUCGGGCAACAACGGAACGCUUAUCAACAGUUCCCACCACCACCAGGCAGCACCCGUCAACAAACACGUAUGGAACACACUGCACCUGCCGUAGUGGCAGGGUCUACGAGCACUGCAGGUGUUAGAAUGGCGACUUAUCCGAUACACCCGUUUAGACAAAUGCAACAGCCAAUGUCGCGCACAAAUACUUCAGCGGCGAAUGGAGCACGUUGUGAGGAAAAUGAAACACUUCCAGCGCCAGCAUGGACAGUGAUGCCUCGGGGGCGGAGGCUUCCAAGCAGUACGCAAGAAAGUGGCACAUCAAUGCAAAAUGAGUCAGUGUCAAAGCAGGAUGCACACAGCACGACGAGCAAGUCAGUACUUCCGUCACCUGCUUCUGAUGCGAGCACGACACUGCCAUCACCCGGAGACUCUGAGCAACUGGAAAUGGCCUGGCAACGAAAAGCUACGUGUCUAGAGUUCGAGAACGAGGCUCUGCGGCAAGAAAUCAAGUACCUGCAAGAUCGUUUACAGGAAGCGCUGGGAAGGGGAGCUAGGUGACUCAAGUCCUCGUCUUAAUGACACAGGAGAUGUAGUUGUAUUGUUUUUCUACAGAAAGUCAGGCUCAGAAGGCAUUAAGUGCUUAGUUUUAGACGUCCCUGGACUUGGGGGCCAGUAAAAGGAAAUCCGUCAAGCAAAGGGAAGAAGGAAGACCACUCGCAGCCUCGAUGGCACUGCCGUGACGCGCCCACGCUACCGAGUACCGACAGAAGGCAAGGUGCACAAGCUGGCAGAUGGCACACAGAAACACCCGCCAAGGCCCGCCGGCUAACAGUGCGCGCCGUUUCGUUUGCCGUCUGCCUGUCGUACUAACUACGCAGGCGCCCUCACUCUCCCUGCGCACGACGACGCGCAACGCGCUCCCCAGCCCCACGCACUUCAGGCGCAGACAAGCCACGCUCGUCCGACUGGACUGGCGAGGCGCCUGAGAGUCCCAAGCCCGCGCCAAAUGUCUAAGGAGCUGCCUUGUUUUGUGUUUGUAGCUUACAUGCCAACCACGAAGAAAGAGGCGCUGCGCUGUGUAGCUUACACGCAAACGGCCAAAGAGACCCAGCGACAGCCAACGAACAACGGAGGUGAAAAGCCGAGGAAUUGUCGCCGGAUCUCCGGGCGCAGAGGCCACAUCGCCAGCGACACUUCCACGGACUUGGCCAGCGCCAUGCCGUCGCGAUUCAUGAGAAGAAGGCACACAAACAGAAAAAACGGGCAGCCAGACCCUCGAGCGCAGCGGCCACAUUGCUACCGACACUUCCACAGACCUGGCCAGCGCCAUGCUGUCGCGAUUGGAUUCAUGAGAAGAAGACACACAAACAGAAAAAGCGGGCAGCUAGAUCCUCGGGCGCAGAGGCCACACUGUCAGCGACUACGACACUUCCACAGACUUGGCCAGCGCUAUGCCGUCGCGAUUCACGAGGAGAAGACACACAAACAGAAAAAACGGGCAGCCAGACCCUCGGGCGCCGAGGCCAAAACGUUCCUGACCCUGACGCUUCCACAGAUCUGUCCAGCACCAUGCUGUCGCGAUUCUUUCAUGAGAAAACAGAAGACACAGAAACAGAAAAAGCGGGCAGCCAGAUCCUCGGGCGCCAGGAUCACGGACAGGCACAAACCACGCAAGUGAACUACCUGGCUCCUGCCGCUGGAGAAGAGAGACACGACAAGCACGCGAAAAACGGACCCGUGCUCGGUGAAUACACAAAACACCACAAAAGGCCAACCGAGCGCACCGACAUGGUAUGCUAUGGAUUUUUUGCAGUUUUUGGCAACAAUUGGGCGGUGGUGUCUUUUGCAGGUUUUUGGACUCCUUCUACCCUAUUGCGGUGCCGAUUUUCUGGAACUUUUUCCAGAGCUGUCAAUGCAGUGAGUAGGAAGACCCUUCCCCCCGCGCGCGUGACGGUUUUCCUUAAUCAUGCGUAGUUCUUGCAUAGACGAUCGAAAGCGAAUAUCACUAGGGUUGCUGUUUGAAGUGAAGGACCCCGCUGUUGGAGACGCCGUCAUAUAUAUUUUUGAACGGACGAGUUUAAGUACAUGAAAAUCUGCUUUGUGGAAGUCGAUGCACCCGUGAUAAUGGGAUCACUCCUCAUCUGAUUCAAUGAAUAUGGCGAAGCCAUGCGCGUAGGGUUUGUGCGUUGUCUCUUAACACUGUUAACACAGAUAUUAAGGGUUACUCACGUAAUCACGACAGACGAAAUCAGAUACAUUCAAAUGUUUGCCGUUGUACAUGGCUAUAUGGAUAUUUAUAGAAGACAGAAACUCGGAAGUUGAUGCUAUGCAUGAAUAUGCACUUUCCUUUCCCCCCUACAGUGUGAGGUUCAGAAUUCAAGCUCGCUUUCUUUUGGUUUUAUU